AUGACGAUUUUGGAGACCACUACUAGCGGAGGUGAUGGUGUUGCUGAGUCGUCUUCCGAUCUUAACGUAUCGCUUCGACGGAGACGGAAAGGCACCAGCUCGGAUGGAGCUUUGCCGGAAUUGACUUCGAAUAUUGUUGAAUUGGAAUCUGAAAGCGGUGGCCAGGUGAUGAUGGAUCCAGGUAUGGUGACGGAACCGGAGACAGAGAAAAUUAAUGGAAAAGAUUGCGGCGGUGACAAGGAUAAGAUUGACAAUCGCGAGAAUCGUGGGAGGUCGGAUAUUAAAUUCACGUACCGGCCAUCGGUGCCGGCUCAUCGAGCGCUCAGGGAGAGUCCGCUUAGCUCUGAUGCUAUAUUUAAACAAAGUCAUGCAGGUCUGUUCAACCUCUGUAUAGUAGUGCUUGUUGCUGUUAACAGCAGGCUUAUCAUUGAAAAUCUAAUGAAGUAUGGUUGGUUAAUUAAAACGGGGUUUUGGUUUAGUUCAAGAUCGUUGAGAGAUUGGCCCCUUCUUAUGUGCUGUCUUACCCUCCCUAUAUUCUCUCUUGCCGCCUAUCUAGUUGAGAAGUUGGCAUAUCGAAAAUAUAUAUCUGCACCUAUUGUUAUUUUCUUUCAUAUGCUCAUUACCACAACAGCAGUUUUGUACCCAGUUUCUGUGAUUCUCAGUUGUGGGUCUGCUGUUCUGUCUGGUGUUGCAUUGAUGCUCUUUGCUUGUAUCGUGUGGUUGAAAUUAGUAUCUUAUGCACAUACAAACUAUGACAUGAGAGCCAUUGCCAACUCAGCUGACAAGGGAGAUGCACUAUCCGAUACUUCAGGUGCAGAUUCUUCACGUGAUGUUAGCUUCAAGAGUUUGGUCUACUUCAUGGUUGCUCCUACGCUAUGUUACCAGCCAAGUUAUCCUCGAACAGAUUCAGUUAGAAAGGGUUGGGUGGUUCGUCAAUUUGUCAAGUUAAUAAUAUUUACAGGAUUCAUGGGAUUUAUCAUAGAACAAUAUAUCAAUCCUAUUGUCCAGAAUUCACAACAUCCCUUAAAGGGGGAUCUAUUAUAUGCCAUUGAAAGGGUUUUGAAGCUCUCAGUUCCAAACUUAUAUGUGUGGCUUUGCAUGUUCUACUGCUUUUUUCAUCUAUGGUUAAAUAUACUUGCUGAGCUCCUUCGGUUUGGUGACAGAGAGUUCUAUAAAGAUUGGUGGAAUGCAAGGACAGUUGAGGAGUACUGGAGAAUGUGGAAUAUGCCUGUUCAUAAGUGGAUGGUUCGCCAUAUCUACUUUCCAUGCUUGCGGCAUAAAAUACCAAGGGGGGUAGCCUUGUUAAUUGCUUUCUUCGUUUCAGCUGUAUUUCAUGAGUUGUGCAUUGCUGUUCCUUGCCACAUGUUCAAGCUCUGGGCUUUUAUUGGAAUUAUGUUUCAGAUUCCAUUGGUCGGGAUCACUAAUUACCUCCAGAACAAGUUCAGAAGCUCCAUGGUGGGAAAUAUGAUCUUUUGGUUCAUUUUCUGCAUUCUUGGUCAACCCAUGUGUGUGCUAUUGUAUUAUCAUGACCUAAUGAAUCGGAAAGGCAAUGCUGAAUUAAGAUGA